CCGAUCCAACGGAAAAUUUAUUUGACAACACCGAAGCUAAAACCACUUCAAAACCCCAGCGGAUCAAAGCAAAAGACUGAGAAUGGUGACUUUAAUAAGGAGACGUUUUUUUGGCACCAAAAUAUCCCCAAACAGCCAUCGGCAUAAGCUCCAAUGGAGCGUAAAGCAGGUUACCAAAUCCAACUUCAGUGAUUCACUCCAGGAGUUCAAGUCCCACCUUUCCGCUUCCGACUUCGUCGCGGUUUCGCUCCAGAACACCGGUUCUUUCUCCGCUCCUUGGAACCGAGUCUCCUCCUUCGACUCGCCGGAAACCGCUUACCUCAAGGUCCGUCGCGCCGCCGAACGCUUCCAGCUCCUCCAGUUCGCCAUCUGCCCCUUUACCAUAUCUGGCUACAAAGUCACUGCCCACCCGUAUAAUUUCCAUUUGUUCCCAAGGGAUGAAUUAAACACUGGGAUGCCUUCUUACAGUUUUUCAUGCCAAACUUCUUAUUUGACAGCUAUGGCUCGACAAGGUUUCGAUUUUAAUGCUUGCAUAUAUGAUGGUAUAUCGUACUUAUCGAGAGCACAAGAGUUGGCAGCAAAAGUUCGAAUGGCCAAUCCAAUUAAUUUAAAUCAUGUUGUGGAAGCUUCUUCUUCCCCUCCGACUGUUGCUGAUACAGUAUUUGUAGAAAGGGUUAAAUCUCGUAUUAAGCAUUGGAAAAAGUCCUGCACCGACUCCACAAGCAAAAAGAUAGAUGAUGCUCUUGUAAAAUCACUGCAAAAACUUGUCUUAGGGGGUGAACAGUAUGGUUCUAGACCAUGCAUGACAAUAGACGUAUGCAGUGAACGUCAAGUUCAACUUGUAUUAGAGAUGUUGAGAGAGUUCUUUGAUGAUCUUGUUGCUUUAAAAAUCCCAACAAAGGGUGGAGGAACCCAGGCAGUUCGUGUUGUUUUAACAAGUUCAAAAGAAGACAAGAGUCUUCUUGAGAGGGAGCUUCAGAAUGCUGAAGAGGAACAAAACAAGAAAAUGAGGGGCUUUCGAGAGGUGAUCGAAUUGGUAUCUGCUUCACAGAAACCUGUUGUCUCCCACAAUACCCUUAAUGAUUUCUCUGUUAUUCAUUCAAAAUUCAUAGCUCCACUUCCUCUCGAUGUGAAUGAGUUCCUUAACUCUUUACAAUCCAUUUUUCCCCAUAUAUUUGAUGUUAACCAUAUGAUGAAGGGAAUUGGUCCUCUAGAAAAUGUGACCAGCAUACCUGCAGCUGUAUCUUACCUCAAGAAUCGUUUCUUUGCGCCCAUUGAAAUGGAACUUUCCCAUGGAGCUUUGUUAGAUGAAAGCAAGAUUCAUGGGCGAACUGUUGUAAGAAUAUGUUAUUUAUUUGCAAAAUUGUGCUCUGUACUGAAGAUCACCCCCGGUUCUAUCCAGUCUAGUGAUGGAAAAGUCCUUGAUGGGUAUGCAAAUGCCUUCAGAUCAUGUUCUGGAAAUUCCGAAGAAUCACUUGACGGGGGUAUCAGAAUUUGGACAAAUAGCCCAAGAAAAGUAGAUUGCAAGGAUUUAGUUUUCUUGUGGGGAUUCAGGAACAGGCUGUCUGCUGGAAUGCUUAAGAGCCUGCUUCAAGGGUCCCAUGAUGUUUUCUCUGAAGAAUUUGAUGUCUGUUUAGUUGAUAAGAGCUGUGCCAUUCUGGUUUUCUUUCAUCCUAAUUUAUCUCAAGCUUUCCUGGAUGUAAUGAAUAGUGAAGAAAUCAGUGGAUCAUUGAGCGAAUUGGUCUCAGAAGGCUUAAGGGCAGCAGAUUAUGAUACAUACAAGAGGGCCUGUAGUUUGGGUUUAUGGGAGACAGAUUUAGCAAGUUCCUUAGACAAAGCCUCUGCAACUCCUGAUCGCUUAUCUCAAAGUGAUCCGGAAACAAAGCCAGCCGAGAUUUACUGGUGCAAUGACUUAAUUAUUAACUUGGACGACUUAUAAGGUACUGACAUUUUCAUUUCUCAGGGAUAUUAUCUGUAUUUGCAACAGCUGAGCAGUGGCUUAGAGUUGAUAUUAGUGUUGGUACUAGUCUGAUACCAAUCUUUAAGCUGUGAUCAUUCAUCGCUCGGAAAAUGUUCUUAUAGACCAAUCACCUGGAUUGCAGCAGCAUAUAUCAAGCCGGAUUGACCAAUAUUUGGUUUCAUUUAGUAUUGUUUUCCUUGUACCUCUGCUAAUACUGUGCUAACCUUAUGCACAUUUGAUUUGAGUAAUCAUCAUUUGUCAUGUGUUGAAAACUUAUAAGAUUUUGGAAGGCUUUGAUAAGAAGGAUAUAUGUAAGAGAGGUCGGAAAAACUUCUUGACAGAAGUUCCCAAGUUCCAUGUUGGGAGGAAAGUUUGCUUAUACAAUGACUAUAUAUGUCAUUCAUCAAUAAUUAGUGAGAUAAUAGUUUCAAAUAUAUAUAUAUAUUUGGCUCUA